GCGUUAAGCAAUGAAGUGGGUGUAAGGAAAAAAAACUACGCUUCUCUCUCUAUAUCCCUCUUCCUCCAAAAGUUUCCCCCUUUCUCUUUCUCUCUCUGCAAACCCUAGCUCCGUUCCUUCACCGCCAUCACCAUCACAAUCACCAUGGCUAAGAAGCGAAAGGUUCGACCUUCCGAGCCCGAACCCCCCAAACAAGAGCAAGAGCAAGAGCAAGAGCUUCAACAACAACAGCCACCACACGAAGAACUAACCUUAGAUCAACAACAAAGCAUGACCAUCGAUGACGCAGCGCCACAACAAGACCAACCUCAAAACGACGUCGCAAUAGAAGAAGAACAAAACAACGAAGGAGAAGGAGAAGAAGAAGCAGAAGAAGAACAGCAACAGGAGGAUCAGCAGCAACAACAGCAAGGAGGAGGAGAAACCCUAGAAAGCCAGGAAGCGCAGAUUCAACAGCAGGCUUCGGGUUCGGAUUCGGUUCGGGCCGAGGCUAACGGCUCCGAGCAGCAACAGGAAGAGGAGGACCUCGAUUUGGAAGACGAGCCAAUCGAGAAGCUUCUAGAACCCUUCACGAAGGAGCAGCUACACUCCCUUGUCAAGCAAGCCGUCGAGAAGCACCCCGAUUUCGCCGAAACCGUUCGCCAGCUGGCAGAUGUGGACCCCGCACACAGGAAGAUCUUCGUCCAUGGGCUUGGCUGGGACACUACCGCAGAAACCCUAACCGCCGUGUUCGGAAAAUACGGCGAAAUUGAAGACUGCAAGGCCGUGACGGACAAAAUCUCCGGAAAAUCGAAGGGAUACGCGUUCAUCCAAUUCAAGCACCGCGCCGGAGCGCGAAGGGCGCUUAAGCAGCCGCAGAAGAAGAUUGGGAACAGAACAACUUCGUGUCAGUUGGCCUCUGCGGGACCAGUUCCGUCGCAGCAGGCCGCCGCGCCGGGUGCCCCGGUUGUGUCAGAGUAUACACAGAGGAAGAUCUUUGUUAGCAAUGUGAGUGCGGAGAUUGAUCCUCAGAAGCUUCUGGAAUUCUUCAAGCAGUUCGGGGAGAUUGAGGAUGGGCCUCUUGGGAUUGACAAGCAGACAGGGAAGCCUAAAGGGUUCGCUCUUUUCGUGUACAAAACAGUUGAGAGUGCGAAGAAGGCCUUGGAGGAGCCAAACAAGAACUUUGAAGGGCACACCCUUUAUUGCCAGAAGGCUGUUGAUGGUCCCAAAGGGUUCAAUAAGGGUGGAUUUCAUCAGCAGCAGCAUCACCAUCAACAGCACUAUCAGCACCAAUCACAUCACCAUCAUCAGGGUCACUUUCAUAGGAAGGAUAAGAACAAGUAUUCCGCUGGUGGGCCUGCACAUGGCGGUGGUGGUGGUCACUUGAUGGCGCCGUCGGCUCCAGGGCCUGCUGUUGGAGGUUACAACCCUGGUGUGCCACCUGCUGCUGCGGCGCAGGGUCUCAACCCUGCACUUGGGCAGGCGCUGACGGCGUUGCUUGCUAAUCAGGGUGCCGGAUUGGGACUUGGGAACCUGCUUGGAGGGAUCGGUGGUGCUCCUGUGAACCAGCCUGGUCCACCUGCUGGUGGAUAUGGGACUCAGCCAGCUAUGGGAUAUGGGAACCAGCCGGGGAUGCAGCCGCAGUACCAGAAUCCUCAGAUGGGGCAGAGUAGUGGGGUUAGGCCUCACCCCGGUGCUGGCGCACCUUACAUGGGUCAUUAGAUACACUCAUAGAUGCAUCAAUCAUUUAGUUUUGGACACCGCUGAUUCUUCUGAAGUACCGGGCAAUAUUCAAAUGCAUCUUUUAAAUUAGUAGCAAAUCAUUAUUAUUGACUACUAAAGACCCAGAUUCUGAAACCUGUAUUUACUUUCUGCUUGGUAGAUUUUUUCUCUUAUCAUGUUUUUUAAAAACUAUGUAGUGCCUCUAGUUCUUAUGUGGAAUGUUGUGCGACAGUUGAAUUUUGGGGCAGAGAAAACUUUGUCACAAUAAUCUUUUAAAUGUUGUGGACCUUAUGCAAA